UGAUAACAGAUGUUGAUAUGUUUUUUUGGUUAUUAAAGGUAAAUGAUUGUUUUAAUUCUGUUAGUUCUACCAUAUACUGUAAUAUGUUCAUUGGGUGAAAAAGAGACAAUAUUUGUGAGAUGUGUAGAGAAGUGCCUUAAGAGUGAGGCUCAAAAAAAGGAUCAUAGUUGGUUUCAAUGGGAGUUAAAUCGAGAAUGUCAGUACAACUGUAUGAUGAUCAUUACCAAAGCUAAGGAAAAAAACAAAAUGCCAAUAUAUCAGUAUUUUGGAAAGUGGCCCUUCUAUCGCUUCAUGGGGCUGCAAGAACCAGCUGCCGUAAUAUUUUCUGUAAUGAACUGUUUUGCUCAUAUCCACUGUUGGUUUAUAUACAAAGGUUCUGUAAAAAAAAGUUUUGAAUUUUACAAAAUUACACAAAUUAAUAAUUUGGUAAAUAUAUUUGCCUGGGUGUGUGCAGCAAUUUUUCAUGCCAAAGAUACAAUAUUAACAGAGAGAUUAGAUUACUUCGGUGCAUCAUUGAUUAUGAGCUUCUCAAUUUUGUUAAGUGUUGCAAGAUUUUCUGGAAUUCAUCACAAAUUAACAUACACAUCAGGAUUGGUUCUACUUCUUAUUUUGUUUUAUCAUACAUACACUAUGAACUUCAUAGAGUUUGAUUAUAGCCAUAAUAUGAGGGUAAUGAUAAUUCUUGGUUUAGUUAAUAUAUCAUUUUGGAUGGUCUGGUGUUUUAAGCAUUCUUAUCGUUAUUAUGUUUGGAAAUGUGUUUUAACAAUGGUUGGAACUUUUUUAUUUGCAUCUUUAGAGUUAUGGGAUUUUCCACCAAUAUUUUAUACCUUCGAUGCACAUUCUUUGUGGCAUUUAUCAACUGUGCCUCUUACUUAUUUAUGGUAUAGAUUUCUCUAUGAUGAUGCUUGUUAUGAACUUUACGAAAGGUUUAAACUUGCAUGAAACUUGCACGAAACUUGUACGAAACUUAAUGCUUAAAACAUUGCACAAUUUAUAUGUUUAGUUAUGAUUAUAAAAAUUUUUCCAGUUUGGUGAAUUUUUACAGUUCAGUGAAUUUUUGCAGUUAGGUGAAUUUUUUCAAGUUUUAUAGU